AUGACGUCUGGUUUGAGGAUCUCCUGCGUCCGAAUGUUGGGGCCACGGGAGGAGAAGGCGGCGACGCUGGGAGCUCUCAGAGAGGGCCCCGUCACCGUUCCUCGGAAGAGGAUGGUCGCCGUUGGGCUCGCCGGUGAAGUAAUCGUGUAGUUGCGGAUCUGGUUGCCGGCUUUCUUCCCCACCAUGGUGGCCGGAACGAGGUGGGCGUCCGCCACCAGCUCUUCGCCGCUGUCGUCGGUGUUGGCGAGGAUCAUGCCGGCGCCGCCGGCGAGCUUCACGGCGCUGCCCUUCUCCACCCGGGCGUUAGAACCCCGGUCGCAGAGGACGAUCUUCCCGGCCACCUUCUCCGGGUCGAGGCGGCCACUGAUGCACAGCCGGCUGCCGCAGUCGCCGGCGUAG